GGCACGGAGAUGGUGGUCGCCUCCCACCUCCACGAGGGGCCCUGGGAGCGCUGGGCAAGCCAGGAGGCCAGAAAUCUUUCUGCGGCCUCGCGCAGGCAGCCCCCUAAUUGGCCGGCCCUUGGACCCCUUUGGCCUGGUCACACGCCCUGCUGAGGGAACCCUAGUUCCCUAAGGUCCAGUCUCCUCCCAGGACCACCUCUCCAUGCCUCGGUGACAGACCAGCUGCUAGCCCCAUGAAGACCACCCUGAAUCCCCUGAAACCUACUCAAACCCCCUCAGCCCAGCCUCUGGAUACCACCACUUGGCUAGCAGGAGCCAACCCUCCUCCAGUCCCCCAGAGAGGGUCAGGGCCAGCAUCCCAUGCUUGCUCUCCCCUCCAAGGAUGUGAGCAGACACCAAGCCCCCACUCUGUCUCCUGACACAUAUCAGCACACUCAUAUCCCCCACCCCCACUGCCAGGUGAACCAGGGGAACAUGCCAGGGGUCCAGAGCACCUUCCUGGCCAUGGACACAGAGGAGGGGGUGGAGGUGGUGUGGAAUGAGUUGCACUUCGGGGAUAGGAAGGCCUUCGCGGCCCAUGAGGAGAAGAUCCAGACCAUGUUUGAGCAGCUGGUGCUGGUAGACCACCCCAACAUUGUCAAGCUGCACAAAUACUGGCUGGAUGCCUCAGAAGCCCGGGCGCGGGUCAUCUUCAUCACAGAGUACGUGUCAUCGGGCAGCCUCAAGCAAUUCCUCAAAAAGACCAAGAAAAACCACAAGGCCAUGAACGCCCGGGCCUGGAAGCGCUGGUGCACGCAGAUCCUGUCCGCACUCAGCUUUCUACAUGCCUGCAGUCCCCCCAUCAUCCACGGGAACCUGACCAGUGACACCAUCUUCAUACAGCACAAUGGCCUCAUCAAGAUUGGCUCCGUGUGGCACCGCAUCUUCUCCAAUGCGCUCCCGGACGACCUCCGACGCCCUGUCCGCGCCGAGCGUGAGGAACUCUGGAACCUCCACUUCUUGCCGCCGGAGUAUGGCGAGGUUGCUGACGGCACUGCCAUGGACAUCUUCUCCUUUGGGAUGUGCGCACUGGAGAUGGCUGUGCUGGAGAUCCAAGCCAAUGGGGACACCCGGGUCACGGAAGAGGCCAUCACUCGUGCCAGGCACUCACUGAGUGACCCCAACAUGCGGGCCCUAAGGGUCCUUCUAAGGAGAGAGAGACCAGAGAGAUACUCCCUCCGUGGGCACUGUCGUUGCACUUCUUGGGAGACAAGAAAGAGGCUCAGAGAGGCCCAGGGCUUUGGGGAGUUCAUCCUGUCCUGCCUGGCCCGCGACCCCAGCUGUCGGCCCUCCGCCCACAACCUCCUCUUCCACCGCGUGCUCUUCGAAGUGCACUCGCUGAAGCUCCUGGCAGCUCACUGCUUCAUCCAGCACCAAUACCUCAUGCCUGAAAACGUGGUGGAGGAAAAAACCAAGGCGGUGGACCUGCAUGCAGUCCUGGCAGAGAUCCCCCGGCCGUCCCGGCCCCCCCUGCAGUGGCGGUACUCGGAGGUCUCCUGCUUGGAGCUUGACAAAUUCCUGGAGGAUGUCAGGAACGGGAUCUACCCGCUGAUGAACUUUGCGGCUGCUCGGCCCCUGGGGCUGCCCCGUGUGCUGGCCCCACCCCCUGAGGAAGCCCAGAAGGCCAAGACCCCGACGCCAGAACCUUUUGAUUCAGAGACCAGAAAGGUGGUCCAGAUGCAGUGCAACCUGGAGAGAAGUGAGGACAAGGCCCGCUGGCAUCUCACUCUGCUUCUGGUGCUGGAGGACCGGCUGCACCGGCAGCUCACUUACGACCUGCUCCCAACCGACAGUGCCCAGGACCUCGCCACCGAGCUGGUACAUUAUGGCUUCGUUCAUGAGGAUGACCGGACCAAGCUGGCUGCCUUCCUGGAAAGCACCUUCCUCAAGUACCUUGGAGCUCAGCCAUGACCUCGCACCCCAGUCCCCUGGGGACCAGCCCUGGCAGCCCACAUGGGGAAGCUCAGCGUUGGCCCAGGGCUCAGGGGGCCAGGGGCUGACCUCUGCUUACAUGCUUAGGGGCUAAUGACCAAAUGCCUGCUAGUGAAGAACUUCUGCCUUCCACAGCUUUCAAGGAGGCCCUGGAAUGGGGUGGGGAGGGUGGUGGGUUUGGGGCCCAUCAGGGGGUGAAGGAGACUGGGUUGGGGGUCAGGGGAGUAAUUAGGCCCCACAUGUCCUUAGGAUCAGGAUUCCCCCACCUAGCCAGCUUCCACAACUCACAGUCCCUUCCCAUAUCCUCCAUUUCCCAGCAAGAGUUCUCCCCCCACCACCACCGCAGGAUACCUGGUCAGUGACUGAGCCUUCAGCACGGCGGGGGUGUGCGCCCUGCAGGGAGCCACAGUGCUGAGGGUGGAGGGUCCGUCCUAGACAGAUGCCUGCCCAGGGAAAUGCUCCACACCCUGUUGGAACCACAGUCCCACUCCAGGAACCCCCACAUUAAGCCAGUGGUACCCCACCUGCAGGCAUCAGGUACAAUGCUGGGCACUGAGCAGGGCCACGACCUGGCAGGAGAAGCAGAUGGCAGAGACACUCCAGUAGUCCCCAGCCUGACAUGGCUCCUGCACAGCCCUCCAGCUCCUGCCCAGUGCAGACCCACCUUGGAGCCCUCCUCUGACUUUCCACUGCUCUGGGACAGGGACCUGCCAUCCCCUCUGCAGACUGUUCUGGCCCCUGCAGCCCUCUCCAGAGGGCUAUUUUCCCCACAUUCCCAGGCCUGGAGGGGUUGGGCUCGGGCACCCUCCCUGCUCCUCACCGUGCCUCCUCUCAAAUUCACUACCCCCCAUGUAAUGUCACUUACCCUCUCCUGUGGCAGUUGCUUCCCAGGUCCUGAGGAUAUCAGCCCCUGACUCCCUGUCUCCUACUCAACUCCUUCCCACCCCUCAUUGCCCUAGCCUCCUUUCUCCUGGACCACCUCCCCUCCAUCUUCAAAUUGAGUUAAACAUUCUUAAACAUUUUAAAUUGCAUGUACAAACUUAGUGCAUUCAGGUUUCUUUUGAAGUAUUUCUAUUGUUAAACCAGGAAAGCUCACCUCUGUGUUACUACUCUGUUGUUGCUAUAAGAAUUUACCAGAAACUUAGUGGUUGAAAACACCACAAAUUUAUUGUAGUUCUGCAGGUCAAAAUCUGGUACAGGUCUCACCAGACUAAACUCAAGGAGUUAGCGAGGCUGUGUUCCUUUCUGGAGGUUCUAGUUGAACCUAGAACUAUUUCCAUUUUCUGCUCCUUCAGGUUGUUGGCCUGCAGGUGUCGGGCAUGCCAUGGGCACUGGGCACUGGCAAGGAAUUCAUUUCCUUGCCACAGCAGGGCCAAGGUCCCCAUUUUCUUGCCCACCAUAAACUGAAGGUCAUUUUUGGCUUCUACAGGCACCGCCAUUCCUUAGCUCAUGCACUCAUCCUCCAUCUUCAAAGCCAACAACAGCCAGUUGAGUCUUUCUCAUGAACCAUCCGUGGCUUUCUGCAGCCCGGAAAGCUUCAUGUAAUUAGGUUGGGUCCCCCUGAAUAAUCCUGAAUAAUCUCCCCAUCACAAGGUCCUUAAUCAUAUCUGUAAAAUCCCUUUUGCCAUAUAAAGUAACAUUCACAGGUUCUGGGGGUUAGGGUAUAGACAUCCUGGAGAGAGGGUAUCAUUUUUCCACCAUUACAUUACCCUACCCAAAAACCAAAACAAAGUUACCAAGGUGUAUCAAAUAAAUGUACAAACAUAGUGAAUCUCAAGGUUGUCUUAAACAUCCCAAUACUCUACAAAGUUACUCUUUCAACUUAAAAUAACAAAUCUACAAUAACAUACAAGUCUAGUUAGAAAUCCUGAUGCUAUCUUCUUAAAUAAUUUGAGUGUCAAAUGCAUAACAGAUCAUACUCAUGAUUAAACUGAACUCAAAAG